GUCAUUUGACUGGGGCUUAUUUAUUGAGAGCUAUUCAUAAAAAAGCGGUAGAUGCAGAAAAUCGGGAUCGUAGAGAUGAUGUACUAAACAUACCUUGGAUAAAAAGUUCUGAAACAAUUAGACUUAAAUAUUUUAUUAAACUUGCUGAACAAAUUCAUAAUGGCGACAAAGAAAAGGCAAUACAGCACCUUUUAAAACCUCAAGAAAGAAUUGAAGAAUGGUUUAAAAGUAAUGUUAAUAACUAUACAAGAAAAGAGAAAGGACGAAAAUAUAAAGAAACUUUUAAUACGGAGUUUGAUUGUGUUUAUCAGAAAAUUCGGAAUUAUAAAAGUUAUAAAGAUAUCAAAGAGUUUGUAAACAAAUAUAUGACACAAGUUAAUGGUAUUGACUACCAAUUGAAUAUUAAAGAUAAUUUAAUUACGGAAAAAUUUAACUUAUUCCGUGAAGCUAUCAUAAAAGAGUUUAAUACUAAAAGGAAGAGCCAUUAUCAAUUAGAAGAGGAAUCACUACCAAAUCUAUCUGAUGAUGAAUUGAUCAAGAAAAGGCUUGGAUGCACAAAACCAUGUUUCUGGUGUGGCGCUUU